AUGGUCCGGCCCUUGAACGCUUGCAGUAUUUACGGCGAUCUUGGCAAGACUCGUUCCGUAAUCGAUGCCCUCGAUGAGCUUGCGGGCUCACUUACUCGUAAACGACCGCCGCUGCCUCCUGGCCCUAAAGGACUGCCACUUCUAGGCAAUCUCUUGGACUUGCCUCCCGAUUACUCUUGGCUCACUUAUGCGAAAUGGCAUGCUACAUACGGCGAUAUUAUAUAUCUGGAUACUCCCGCAAGCCCCACCAUUAUUGUUAACUCAGCAGAAGCAGCAAUGGAAUUAUUCGAAAGGCGUUCCGUCAAUUAUUCCGAUCGACCAGAUUUUACUAUGUUGAAAUUAUCGGGUUGGGAUUAUAACUUUGCGUUCAUGAGGUACUCUGACCGAUGGAGAAUACAUCGCCGAGUAUUCCACCAAUACUUCCAACCCCGUGCAGUUCCAGCAUACUACCCUGCGCAAGUGAAGGCGACGUCUGUCAUGCUUCAGCAGUUUCUCAAAUCUCCCGACAAUUUUGAACACCACGUUCGCCACCACUCCGGUUCAAUCAUCAUGAAAACUGUUUAUGGAUACGAUAUCGACCCAAAUGGUGACCCAUUUGUGGAUUUGGGGGAUCGUGGUAUGGAAAGCGUUCGCCGCACCGCAAAUGUGGGAUCAUUCCUGGUUGAUUAUAUUCCCAGCCUGAAAUACCUCCCGCGUUGGUCUCCUGGUACCCAAUUCAUGAAGAUUGCAGAGGACUGGACCCAGUGUGUCGACGACGUGAAAGAGAUGCCGCUAACGGGAUCGCACCAUCGGUCAUUCGUCUCUGAGAGUUUGGAAAAGAUGAAAGACGCUGGGGUUUCCGACUCCCAAGCCGACCUUGAAAUUUUAAAAAACUCGGCUGGAGUAGCCUUUGCUGCGGGUGCUGAUACGACCGUCUCGACUGUCCUUUCAGCAAUUCUCGCCUUCAUCCUUUACCCCGAAGUGCAAGCUAAGGCUCAAGCCAAGCUGGAUAUAGUGCUGCCAUAUAUUGAGGCUGUUGUGUCAGAGGCAUUGCGAUGGAAUCCCGUUGUUCCUUUGGGUGUGGCCCACGCUGCUCUAAAAGAAGACAUAUGUAAAGGCUACUACAUCCCCGCUGGCGCCACUGUUAUUGGGAAUGUGUGGGCUAUUCUUCACGAUGAAAAAGACUAUCCGGACCCAUUGGUGUUUAGUCCUGAACGUUUUAUGCCAGAGGAUGGAAAGGAACUCCCACCCGAGCCUACCGCUGCUUUUGGUUUCGGAAGACGCAUCUGUCCCGGUCGUUAUCUCGCCGUGAACAGCGCUUGGAUUGGUAUCGCGUCUAUCUUAUCAACUCUCACAUUUUCCAAGGCCGUGGACUCCGACGGCCAAGUCAUCGAACCUAGCGAUAUCUUUACCGACUCCUUUAUUAGCUUUCCCUUACCUUUCAAAUGUUCCAUCAAGGCCCGCUCCGCUCAGGCGGAAGCGGUGAUAAAAUCCAGCGGUUUGUAACGGUACAAUAGCGACUUGAGUGGCCCGGCCUACCUACACCAAAGUUUGUAUAGCAUGAUGUACUUAUCAAGAACAAAUUUCUAAUCGGUUUGAUUAUAACUAUCCUCUAGGGGGCGCGUUAUUAAACUGAGAGCUGCGGCAUCCAGACUAGUGACAAAAUUUCAAACUCCUUGCGCGCCCGGCGCUUGUGCUUCUCUUCAUCGUUCAUUGGAUAAUCCAUAAUGAUAGUGUGAACAGAAUCCCAAUAGUUACAAAUGGUAUG